UCAUUUCACUGUAAAGCUGGCAGAAGGAUGAUGGAGCAGAGUCAGCUGACACAUGGCCGACAGGAUCCUUUUGUCUGGUUCACAGAGUCCCAGAUCCAGUCUGUGUUCAGGAACGGCUCGGUCCCAGAUUGGUUUCAUGGGAUCAUCACAAGGAAAGGCCUUUGUCUCUGCUGAUUUGUAUAGGAUAGCAGAGGAACUGCUAAUGUUCAAGCCGCCUGGCUACUUCCUCAUCAGAGUCAGCGAGAGCCGAAUUGGCUACACCCUCUCAUUCUGUACGGAUGAACGUUGCAGACAUUUCAUGAUUGAUGUACUGGAAGACGGCCAAUACAUCAUAGUAGGGGAGAACAGGAAGCACAGGAGUCUGCAGGACCUGGUGGAGUAUCACCGUAGGACUCCCAUCAUGCCUUUCAAUCAGGUGCUCACAGUUGCUUGUGGACAGUCCCCAGCCAGCCGUGCAGACUAUGCAGAACUGUUGUUUUCCCCAAGAGCCCGAAGCUAUACCACCAGUGUGAUACCUAACAACCUCCAACAACCCACUAUAAGUUACCCAAAACCAGAGAUGCCACCUGCCCUUCCACAUCGACCCGACAACCUAAGGAACUCUGUUAUUGUCCAAAGUAGCCAACCAAAGAGGCUCUACCCUUGUUUGGGGGAAGAUCUCAAACACGUCACCGUUCCUUCUCCAGCUUCGCCUGUGCCAAAGAUAAGGGAUAGAUUUACAGCUGAAAGCUCUCCGUUGAAACAGCCUCCUGAAGUCCCUUUGAGGAAUCAUGUCACCCAGGUUCAGAACCCGGCCUGCACCAGAACGACCAUGGGGUCCGAGAUCCCCUCUACGCCCUCAGCGUCAGAGAGAAAACUCACCGCCAAUGUGAAUCCAGUAAAGUUCCAGGAGCUGAGGCCAUUAGUGGUCACAAACCUAAAAAACCUCAAGAAGAUCUUCCAGAAAAAGAUGAGCAACCCACAGGAAAACGUGUAUGAAGAGAUAACUAAAGUACCAGGCGACAGCAGCGAAGUGGAGGAGAAUGAAUACCAGGAAGUCACAGGGGAUUUCACAUGUAGUGGCCCUCCAAACUAUCACAGAGAUGAGGGACUAAACAAUCCAAAUUUACCCCAGGAAUACAGAUCACCUCCACCCUUUGCUCCAGGCUACUGACACAACUUAAAGCUCCCCUAAUGGCUAUGUUGGUAUUGCACUGUAACCCUAUUAUUAAGGAAGGAGAGGCCAAUAGAUCAAUAAAUGUUGAUGUAAAAGUUUGUGAUAUGCUGAAAAAGAUUACAUUGAAUAUCAAUUCAGCAAAUGCGUCAGAUAGAACAGAUUGUACGUAUUCUAUUAGGAGAAACAGGCUUAAAACACAUCAUCCCUUUAGUCCUUUUGAAU